CUGUGAUCGUUUUUAUUAUUCUGUAUGUACUGGACUGGAACUGGAACUGGUUCUUGUCAUUGAUACACACCGGUAUAACAUAGUUAUUAUACUAGGCCUAGUACCGUUUAGAAAUUAUCUGUGAAAUAAGAAAUUAAUCUUUUAUUUUGAGAAUUUUGCAAGAUAUGGCGACCUCGACAGGUGAUGAAAUGCAUAGAGUAUUUACCAACGAUCCCAUUCAUUUUAAGUCUCUUGUCAAUAGUAUUGUAGAAGUUGAAACUGUUCAUGGUUCUGGCACACAUAAAGGGAUAUUAUUUACAAUAGACCCAGUCUCAGAAACUGUAAUACUACUGGAUCCUGUAGAAGACUAUUUGAAUAUGAAGAUAAUAACAGGAUUGAAUGUGAAAAACAUCAAAUGCAUCCAAUCUACAAAUGUUCCAAAAAUUCCAGAUAACUUGUUUAAGGAAGAUUGGGCGAAAUACAUUAGUGAAGAAGAAUUGGAAAGUAAAAGAAUAAAAUUGAGGGACUGGCUGGUGAAGAAUACGAUACCCAUCAUAGAGAGUGGUAAAACGUUGAAGCUGUCUGAUGACAUGCUUAUUAUAGAACCACCGUAUGGACCAGAACAGUGUAUGUCCAGUAACGAAAUUGUACUUAGUAAAAUACAAAAUUUGGUCAAGUCAAUGCCGGAAUAAGAAACUGUCAUGUAUUUUUAUGCCUCAGUUAUUAUAAAUACAUUUUAUGUAAAGGUUUUAAAAAAACAUUCCUUUUUGCUCAUUACAAUAUUUCAACUUAAGUAUUACAAAAAUUGUAUUUCUCUCAAUAUAGCUUUACUAGUUUUUUAUUUGUUUGAUCAAUAAUACAUAUCUUUGUGAUACUUAUCAGGAAAUAAAAAUGUUCCUAAAUAUU